AUGGAUAAACAAGCUGUUAUCAAGGAGUCAGACGAAUGCACUGAGAAGUGUCAAGUGCACAAAAAGGAAGUGAUUAAAUUUUUCUGUCCAGAACAUGAAGCUCUCGGCUGCAACGAUUGUAUCGUCCUGAAUCACAGAGCAUGUGACAUUGACUAUAUACCUGAUAAAUGUGCUGGUAUUGGGGACAGUGCAGAAUUCAGAGAGGUACUGAGUGAGCUUAACCAGAAGGUGAAUGAAGUCGAGGAUGUUAUAAAGUUGGCCUCAUGUAGAGAAAAAGAAUUUAAUUACUGUCAUGAUAAGCUACUCGAAGAAAUUACAACGUUUCGCAAAGAGAUAAAUGAUCGUUUAGACCAACUACAAAAGCAAAUUCAGAAAGAUGCUGAAAGAAAGAAAUCCAGAGAUAAACAAACAGUAAAGGAAGUGCUUAAUACUUGUACCGACAUUUCUUUAGAUAUCAAACAACUACAGUCGAAACUACAAGAUUACAAAGCCUCACAACAGAAUGGACAUCUUUACAUUACAAUGAAACAAGCUAAAUCCAAACUAAAGUCAGAAGAAAUAAAGGAGGUAGACAGAAGUUUAGAAAAGACAAACAUGCAAUACACAUUUGAGCAAAACCAGGAUCUGGAAAACAUACUUUCAAGACAAAAUGCCCUUGGAAAGCUAGCACUCUCUUCUUCUCUUGUAACAACAAAGGGGAGAAAACCGAUAGAAAAAUUAACCAAAAAUGGAAACAUAAAUAUAAAGACGAAAUCAGAUCAGACUGAAUGCUGCCUCACAGCAUGUGUUGUUCUGUCCUCUAACACACUUGUGGCGGCUGACUAUAACAAUGAGAAACUGAAAGUUGUUGACAUAAAAAAUGAAGCUGUAAUAGAAGAGACAACACUUUCUUUACAACUAUGGGACAUUGAAGUAAUGCCGCAGGAUCAGAUUGCUGUGACAAUGCCAUGGAAGAAAGAGAUUCUUAUAAUGACAACAGCAGGUAAACUGUCAAUUGUCCGCAAAUUUCCUGUUAAAGGAAAAUGUAAAGGUAUAGCUUAUCAUCAAGAUCAUUUCUACAUAGUUAGCAGUGACCCGAAGUGUGUAUUUAUUACAGAUACACAAGGUAACGUCCAGAACACAAUUUUACUGGAUGAUAAGAGAUUUGACAAACCAUGCUUCUUACUGCUAAGUAAGGAUCUGAGACAUAUCUUCAUCGUUGAUAAGGGUAGCGGCAGUGUCUUCAGUAUAACAUUGCAAGGUGAUAUAUCUGCUGAAUACAAAAAUAAAGACUUAAAAGAUCCGCGGGGAAUGAUGAUGCUAGACGAUGGAUCCUUGCUAGUGUGCUGCUGUAGGGGAAAUGGGAGCAUACAUCGUAUCUCGGGUGAUUUGAAGCAAUGUCAGACUAUGAUAGAUGGUCUGUCGUAUCCACGGUCUAUGUGCUAUAAUCGUGAUCAACAUGAGGUCUAUGUCGGGUGUUUUACUGAUCAGAUGAUUGUGUUAAGUGCAAAAUAA